CACGUGCUAAACGUGUUUACGCGAAAGUGCGUCAUCUUUCGUACUUCUCUUGUUCAUAUACCGAAGUAUUGGCCGCGAGAUUACGGUGCCGAGUUUCUUGACAUGCGUGCGCGGUGACUGACAGUCAUUUACGUGCUCCUUGCGAGCAUGGCGGGUGCGGAUGCGCCUAUUCCGAUGUGCACCUGCGACGUUCGGAAUGUGGUUACCUGUUCCGCUGUCAAGCAGGAUGCACCCACGAGUAGAGUAGUCAGGAGUUACCGACCCCAUGGCAGCCUCGCCAGAGUGCUUUACGACAAGCAGAGAGCAGACGAACAGCUCGAGGCCUACGACAAGACUCAGUGGUACAGCGUGGACACAACGAAGAUUCGGGACGAUUUGGUGUGUUUAUGGAUUCCACUCGGUUCAGGCCCCCAGUACGACCAACCUGACAAAACUGCGGAAAUCUUCCUGAUGAAAUCCGUUGAGAGAUCUGACUCCUUACCACUACAAGCAUGGCAUUCCCUGGCAAGAUCUGCUCUGUCCUGGUUCAUCAGUCGCACAUCCAUAAAUGGAUUGUUGGGUCGUGGUUCCAUGCACGUGUUUUCCUGUGAACAAUUCCAAAAGCUAAUGGACACAAGUCGCUUCUCAGGGCCAUGGAACUCUUUAAUAGACUUGGGCGCGGGCGAUGGUGCCACAACCGCACACGUUGCACACUUGUUCGAAAAAGUUUAUGCUACAGACAUAUCAGCGCCAAUGAGAUGGGCGUUGGCAAAACGAAAAUUUACGGUGCUCGAUGUAGAAAAAUGGCACGAAGCGGGUCCUUUCAACGUGAUACUCUGCCUAAAUCUGUUGGAUCGUUGCGAUAGACCGAACACGCUGUUGAGACGUUUGAAAAUGUCCCUGGCUCCUGGUGGUCGUUUAGUGGUGGCUCUUGUCCUACCGUUCACUCCGUACGUAGAGGUCGGAGAAAGGGCUGAUCACAAACCGUCAGAAUAUUUACCAGUGAAAGGGAACGGUUUAGAGGGUCAGAUCGCCAGCUUGGUCGACAGGGUGUUCGCCCCACUCGGCCUGAGGUGUCUCGCAUGGAGCAAACUGCCCUACCUUUGCGAGGGCGACCUAGGCCAGGCGUAUUACUUUCUGGACGACGUGGUCUUUAUUUUGGAGGCACAGCCGGAUACCUGGCGAUACUCUGCCUCGGAAUGGACGGACACCGGUGCCUGGAUGGCACAAGGCGAGGAGACGCGUGAACGGGCGGGUCAUGAUCGGUAAUGUGACACACAGGCAAGUCACACUUGUAAAAACUUUUAAUGAUUGCUGUCAUGAAUGAGAAUUAUGCGAGAAUACAGAAGAGAGCAAUACUGGCAAGCGACAACGAGCUUAAUUUGCAGAUACAGCGGUUAGCGUUUGGUGUAUCAUAUGAUUUCACUGCUCAUUCGUAAGCGACGAAUGAACAACAACGGUGCACGAUUUACAACCAUCUUACUGUCAAUGUCGGUGCAGAAAACAUGUACAUGAUCUGUGGUAUAAAUACGACGCGAGAGCAAUAAAACUCGGAAACAUAUUUCUGAACGAUCUACGUGCGAUCAUAGGUCGCGAGCUUAGUUUUAUUUUUAUCUCACUUCAGACUUGGCUUUGUACCUUUGUCAGACUUAGUUUCCGUGCUCCCUCAUCUUCCUUUCACGUUUACAGAGUAUUCCGUGUAACUUGACCAACUGAUAUACCUCCAUGGCCACUCGACGACACGACAGAAAACACCCGAGGAAAGUAUGCUGGUUUACCGUCGUCGAACACACGUAUCUUUCAGCAUUGCAAGAUUGUAAGUAUUUCAGUUCACCCUUUAGCUACGACAGAGCUUGCUGCCUUAGCCAUCAUCGAUCUACGAAUAGCUCAGCCGCUGAACGCACGAAAUGGCGUGUGCUAGCAGUACUGCCGUUAUCUGCUGCUUCAUAGUGAGCUAUACUUGUACCGAAUAGCCUAUUGAACAUUAGCAUUUGUUAUUGCGUAAAUAGUUGUCGAAAAAUCAAGCGAAGAAAGCGAAGAAGAGAAUCUCAACCAUCGGACAGCGGACAGUUUCGACGACUUCAUAGGCAGCGAUAUUUAGUACCAUUCAGAUAUAGUUUAGGACAGUGGUCUUCAAACUGUGUUCCGCGUGUCGAAAUUAAAAUUUCAAAGGACUUUCGCAGAACAGUUUGCUUUGUUUGUAUAAACAUCUGUUGGUAGAUAUUAUUAUAAAGUCAAGCUGUAUUUGUGAAUGCAAAAUAGAGAAAUAGACUGGAUGCCAAAUAUGAAAUGCGCUUACAGACGUCACCAAUAGAGCCUGACUUCAACAAUCUCUGUCCAAAAAUGCAAACAUAUCCCUUUCACUGAACUUACAUAUGUAGCAACGAUGAAUGAGUUAAUAAUUAAUGCUAAUCAACUCUUGUAUGAAAGCUGGUCAAUAAAAAGAAAGUAUAAUGAAA